AUGAUUGAUGGUGUUAUUCUGUUUGUUUGUUCGAUUAUAGCUGUGUCAGGUUAUGGUGAUGAUGCCCGUGGAUCUCGUAUGCGUGGGGCACCGCUACCAGGAACGCUGAGUUCAGUAGGAGGCGGUGCCGAAGAAUCACCACCUAUAUACAGGCCAGGAUCACAAGCGUAUGUAGUCUCUCAAUUCGUGAAGCCGAAGCCACCUCAUCAGUACUGGGAAGAGGAGACAUCCCUAACUCUCAUCCCUGAGAACAAGAACUGUUUACUGUGUGAGGCACAGGAUUCUGGGGCGUGCAAGGCCAUGCCGUCCUGUGUGUAUUGUGAGCCGACGGUGACAGCACUGUGCGAACGAAGUACACCCUGCCUUAGAUGUACAGUCAUAAAAAACCCAUUCUUCAAGUGCAUCCCAGGAGAGAAGUACAUGGAUGAAUGUGACUCCUGCCGAUGUACAGACGGACAUGGGGGAUGGUGCACGAAUCAAUUCUGCGAGUUCAGAUCUCUCCAUCUGUAUGCGCUGAAGUUAUCGGAUGGAGAGUUCUAUUGA